AUGGGCCGCGCGAUAUUUACUGGCUUUCUGCUAUGUGUGGGGAAGGAUAUCAAUUUGCUUUCUCUGUGGACAAAAUUCCUUGAGUGGGAUCCAGGGAGCCUUAACACAAUAAGAGCGCGCACGGGCGAUGUACCCUCCUCUUUCUCAACUUACUUAGGCGACGAUUUAUUUGGGGGCCUCAUUCUUCUUGGGGGCCAUUUGCCAGGUCUCCAGCCUAUCCAAGCAUUACACACAUACACAGACACAACCCAACCCACCAUUGACACUAGCACUGCAUAUCACACAGCCAGCGGCUAUGUACAAUGCUACCCGCUUGGUCAAGGCAUGGAAAUGAAAUCACAAACCAAGGCGCCUCGCUGGGUUUGCCGCCCUGGGUGGAACCAAGAAAAGGCCACAACGCCAAGCCUGCACACCCGAUCAAACUGGCGCGGGAAACAAUCUUGA